CAACAGCAUCGCGCCGUCAGACUCGGUCAACAAAAACGGAACGAAGAGGAGAGCAGAGGUGGUUGUUACCGGGAAAAAAGGCAACAGGAGCUCAGGCUGAGCGUCGAUUAGAGUUAGUGCGUUGUUUUUAAUGAACAAACGCAACAGGUAUUUAGAAAAGCGGGCCGAUUUAUAAUGUUUAAAACUUUGUAAGCUGCGAAAGAAAAUGCGUUUCUUCAUCUACGCGAAGCUCCUCUGAAUUUACAAAUGGAUUCGGGAAAAGUUGCGCACAGAAGAAAGCUGGGAAGCCCUGUGAGCGGUCUGAGAGCACCCCAGAAGAGUCAGCACCUUCAGGGGGUCAGUGCUAAAAGUCUUGACCUCAGUAAGGUGAUUCAUCUUCUUGAAGAUCCUUUGACUACUAACUUGAAGGAAAGGCACCUUUUUGUCCUGAAGAAACUACUGAAGAGAAGCCGAAUUGGUUUCCUUUUAAAGGAGCUGAUGGGCAUUGCUAAAAUACUCAACAUCUGUGCCCAGAAGGCGACAGAUCAUCCUGAAUAUGUGCCUGUCUGUGAAGCUCUCACGAUCUGUCGGCUUCCCUUCCUGAAGGAGAAGGCGUCUGACGAGCUGACCUACGCUCAGGACAUCACGGAGUUUCUCUCUCAGAUGGGGUGUCUGAUGAGGGUGUCCGAUGCUGAAGUGAGGCAGCACGUGGUUGAAUGUGUGAAAUCGUUCUACGGCUCCAUGGCUCCCAAACAGAUGCUCGAUGGCUUCCAGCCAACCUCUCCAGGCUACAGGCUGCAGCUGCUGGAGCGCAGUGAGCUGGCUCAGACACUUCUCCUCUCCAUGACCACUCUGGAGAACCAGCCCACCAUCAAACUGCAGCUCCUUCAGACCCUUCAGAUCCUCUCCAGCGCCUCCGAUAUGAACUGUUCUUCCAUUCUGCUCGCACGAGGAGCAGAGACAGUAUGUCUCCACAUGAACGAACCCGACCCCACCGGCCAGGUCCUGUUCUGCUCCUCCGAGAUCCUCUGGAACCUGCUGGAGAGAGGCGACAAGGAGGAGGUCACCGCUCAGCUUGGCAGCCUGGAGUGUGUCCUCUCCCUGAAAGAAGCGUUUUCCCACCUGCUGCUCUCCGGCUGUGGACACUCAGACCUCCAGCUCAGAAACGAUCUGCUCAUGAUCACGACUCUCAUCGCAGAAAGUCCAGACUCUCAGCUUAUUGAGAGUUUCUUUGCCAAACAGCUCGUGGCUUUCAGCACAUUUCCAGAGCUGAAAAUUCACAACCCUUUGGUCCACAACCUGAAGCUCUCCUACAGUAAGGAAGACCUGAAAAUGAAGAAACUGCUGCUGAAUCUGCUGGUUAUUAUGUCACGGGACUUGGCCGCCCUGCAGCUUUAUAGAGAAGAACGAGUCAUGUUGGCUCUGCUGACGCUCAUGAAGCCGCCUGAUGACUCCUCGCCUGAGCUCCAGUCGGGGUCGCGUCGCUGGUCCGCUGCGCAGAGGGAGGAGCUCCAGCUGCAGGCGCUCGCCACUGUUGCUCCUCUCAUGCUGGACGAGUACAUGUCCUGUGAGGGAAACACCUGUCUGCUGCUCCUGCUGGACUGGUGCACCGGGCAAGAUUCUUACUUUGGCCACGGUCACAGCGUCCACGCCGCCAGAGGCAGAGGCAGUAAGAAGGCUCAGAUGCGGCACUGCAUCCGAGUGUUGAGGUCAAUGACAUCUCUGGGCGAGGAGACUAUAAAUCAGGACCUUUGUGAUCAGGGAACCAUCAACCAGCUUCUGGGAAUCUUGAUGCAGAUGGAAGCGGGUCCUGAUGAUGAUGAUGUCAUUGCUCUGGAGAUAAAGUCAGACAUUCAAGUGAUCCUUUCAACGCUGUGUGAGACCGAUAUGCACAGAAAGGAACUGUUCGGCUCCGAGGGAGUCGAGAUGGCAGUUCACUUCCUGAGAAAAGGCUCGGACAAGUUCUACAGCGGCCUCGGACACAACAAGCUCAUCCUCUCCACAGUGGACUGUGUGUGGUCCUGUAUUGUGGGCUGCUACACCACAGAAGAUUACUUUCUGGUUAAAGAUGGGGUGUUUCAUCUCCUCGACUUAUUCGGUACUAGCCCCAGGUGUGUACACAGCAUCGUCCUUGCCACCCUGCUAGAGUUAUGUGACAACCCGAACACCGUAUCCCGCAUCCUGACCUGGAGGGACGGCAAUGGACAGACGGCUCCCAGACUCCUGCUGCAGCUGUGGAGGGAGGAAGAGGAGGAGCUGGGCGUUCAUCGGAACAAACACGGAGGCAUCACAGAUUCUCAGAGGCCCGUCCUGACACAUUUCCAGCCUGAUGACCCUCAGCCUUCAUUUCCUGCCAACCUGCCGAGCACUGCAGUGCUGGAGAUGUCAGAGAACCUACGGUCAAAGAUUUACUCCAUCUUCUGCAAACUUGGCUUUCAGGAGCUUCCUGGAUUGUUGGCCAAAGAUUAUGUGACUCUGACCAUCAUCAGGAGAUAUCUAGACUUUAAGGUCGGUGAGGUGUGGGCCGAGAUCAGCAGGGAACUGAGUGUGGACGGCGUGAGGCCAGUUAGCCCCGAUCGGGAGGCUCUGAGCACCAUCUGUAAGACUGCAGAGGACACCGCAAGGAGGCUCAUGGAAGAACAAAACAGCAUCCUGGAGCACCAUCAGGAGGAGGACGUCAGCGAGGAGGAGCUCACAUACACAGAGAUGAAGUCUCGCUGGAAGCAAAAGGAGUUCAUUACCAAAUCAUGGGAAGAUUACGUUUCCAGGACUUCAAACUACGAGACCUUAAAGGAAGUAAAAGCACAGAGGGAAAAGUAUGCUGAAUGAUCCAGAGCUAAACCAAAGGACGAGGGCGCUGCUCUUCAUCCUGCAGAGGUCUCCCAUUAA